CUUUCUCCAAGAUCUCAAAAGGAACAGCUGUUUUAAGAUUAUUGGUGCUUUGUUGAAGAAUUUGUGUCUGGAAAAGAGCUGCCUGAAGAUUCUUCGAAAACUCUUAAUUUUAUAGCCAUUUCACUGCAAUAAAUCCUUCAUACAAGUACCCAUUUGACAACAAAAACGAACAAAUACAGAAUUCAUAAUAAUUUUGAGGGGGAACUAUAUCCCUUUAAAUCUCAUGUUGUUUUGUUUAUUUAACAAGGGGAAAAUGUAGUCUAGUUUUAAUUCCGCUUUUAAUUGCUUUGUAUAUGAACUACAUCAGUUGGCAAACACUUGUCGGGCUAUGUAAACUCCCUGCAUCUGCAAAGGGAGUGGAUCUGCCAUCCCUUCCCCCAUCACCACCAUCAUCACCGCCGGACCAGUGAACACCAGGCUCGGCACAUCAUUUCACCGUUAUGGCAAAUGAAUUCCCAGAAAACAGAGACGGAACUGCCAACUCACGCCAUGCCAACCUCACGUCGUCUCUAGACCUGAGCACGUCUCUGGAUCACAGCGUGCAGACGCGGAUUUUUAAAAUCAUUGUCAUCGGGGACUCAAAUGUGGGCAAGACCUGUUUAACCUUCCGCUUCACCGGCGGAGCCUUCCCCUGCAAGACUGAAGCCACCAUCGGCGUGGAUUUCAGGGAGAAAGCGGUGGAGAUCGAGGGCGAGAAAAUAAAGGUACAAGUAUGGGACACAGCAGGCCAGGAACGCUUUCGAAAGAGCAUGGUUGAGCACUACUACCGCAAUGUGCAUGCUGUCGUUUUUGUAUACGAUGUCACUAAAAUGGCCUCAUUCCAGAACCUAAAGACCUGGAUUCAGGAGUGCAACGGUCACGGGGUGUCAUCGGCAGUGCCUCGUGUUCUGGUGGGCAACAAAUGUGAUCUAGUUGACCAGAUCCAGGUGCCUUCCAACACUGCCCUCAAGUUUGCCGAUGCCUAUAACAUGCUACUGUUUGAAACGUCAGCCAAAGAUCCCAAGGAAAGCCAGAACGUGGACUCCAUUUUCAUGUGCCUGGCAUGUCGUCUAAAAGCCCAAAAGUUCCUGAUUUACAGAGAUGUGGAGAGAGAAGAUGGCAGAGUGAGGCUGACGCAUCAACCAGACCCCAAGAGUAACUGCCCAUGCUGAGGACCUUAAACUGUGAAAUUACUAACAUUGAUAAUUUACAAUGCAAGAAUGUGCCUGCGACUAAUUUUAGUUACUUAAUGACAGCUGCUCCAUGAACUUUCUCGGUUUUUCUGUAAGUGUGCUUUUUUUGUGUUCUAGUUGCACUCAAAAGCAAAUCCCACAAAGCCUGUCAAGAACAUGUUGGGGUCGCGUUUCAUCUCAAAAUAAAAACAAAGAGAUGAGAAAUCAUGAUUUGCUGAAAGGAAGCGAUGCCUUUUUUUAGACCGUUUUGUGCAUUGGGACAUUAUUUUCUUGGCAGUUAACACUUUUUCCACAAAUAUUGAUUACUUUAUUGAAAGAAAAGUUCUUGUUUUCAUUACUGUUUCAUACAGUAAUGUAAUAAAUAAGUAUUCAACAUGCCACAAUUUUACUCAGAAAACAUAUUUCUAAUAGUGCUGUUGACUUGAAAUUUUCCUCAGAUGUUGAUAACAACCAAAAAACUACAUAUAUGAAAAGAAAAGAAAUCUAAUUAGUUUACAAAUUAAGUUAUCUGGUAGGAAAAAAAGUAUUGAACACAUGAAGAAAGGGAGGUGUGAAAAGGCACUGAAAGCCCAGACAGCAGCUGAAAUCUCUCAGAAGUUAUUCAGCAACCCUUCGUCUUUGUAAUAUAAUAUCAGAUGUUUCAGUCCAACAUCUACAAGACCAGGAUGAUUAAGAUAAACCAUGAUGGACAUGUCAGCAAGACAGUGAUCCAAAACAUAGCCAAGGAAACUCUCAAAUGGUUUCAGAAAAAGAAAAUCAAGCUGUAGAAUGGCCCAGCCAAUUACCUGAUGUGAAUCCAGUAGAAAAUACAAAGUAAAGAUCAGUUUAGAUAGACGAAACCCAAAGAACACCAAGAUUUUUACACUGUUAAAAUCUGUGGAACAAAUCACACCUGAGCUGACUUCAUUCUACACAUGAGAGUCAUCUUUAACCUGCCAUCUUAUGCCAGCUGCCGGAACUUAUUUCCACCACUGUAUAUGCAUACAUGCUGUACAUAUACAUACAGCUAUGGAAAAAAUUCUGACCACUUAAAAAUUCUGUUAUAGUAUAUUAUAAUCCUUUGCUAUUCUGGCAAGAUAUCACUAUCAGAAAAAUGCUGUAAAUCAUUGUAAUGUAAUUUGAACAAAUGUUGUCAGACAUUUAUAGGAAAACAAAGUUAUGAAAUCAUUCCAGAGAAACCCCCUAAUCCCCCCACACUGAAAAAAUAAAAAAAUAAAUAUACAGUUGAAGUCAGAAUUAUUAGCCCCCCUUUGAAUUCUUUUUUCUUUUUAAAAUGUUUUCCAAAUUAUGUUUAA